ACAUCAUAUUACGUUGCGUGGUUCAAACACUGACUGCAAUUUCUAUAAAAAUAAUAGAUUUAGUAAAAUAAGUAACUCUUCAAAUCUCUAUUUUAGUUUAAAUUACUGCUACUUAAGUUAAGAAAUGGCUAGCGGGAGUGGUAAUCAAAUUCAAAAUCCACGUCCAAGAUAUGGAAAUAUUGAAUAUUGCCAACGAAAGAAGCAAAGUGUGUUAAUGUACCCUUUAAGUAAAAAAUUGCUGAAAUUAGCUUUGUAUUCACGAUGUCAGGCAUCACAUUGUUGUUGUGUUGGUUGGAAAAAUCCAAAUUUUCCGUUAGAUUCACGGAAAUUUGAAGAUCCAUGUAUUCAUCCAAAUUGUGGACAUUCAGCAGGAUCGCAUGUUACGCAUAUAAAACAGUUAACAGAAGAAGAAGUUAAUCGAAUAUUAAGUAUGGUUGUGGAUAUGGAAAAUAUUCAUAUUCGAUUGCAGGAAGAAAAACAUUUAGAUACGAAAAAAGUUUACCUUCAUUUAUUUAGGAUACUUCAAAAUGCUGUUAUACAGUUAAAAAAACCAAUUGUCGAAUCUUUGGAUCAGCCACCAUUUGAGCAGCCCUCAAUUGCAAAAGCUACAAGUAAUUUUAUUUUAUAUAAAUUCGAACAUUUAACACAAGACGAACGUAAAUCAAUGCAAGAAUUAGCCCGAAUGUUUUUACAUGCAAUUGAUCGUUGGGAUCUAGAAAAACCCGAUAUGAAGAAAGGAACGCCUGAAGAAUUCAAAAUGUAUACUGCAAGUUAUUUACGUUGGUUGGCUUUUUGUAACGUACCCAAUUUUUGUGAUUCACUACAACGAUAUGAUACCACUUUAAUAUUUGGAAGAAAUUUUUUACGUGCCAUUUUUAAAUAUGUUAGUACACAAAUUUUACAAAAAUUUCAACAAUCACAAAAUGAUAUUGCUGCCGAACAAAGAGUUUUAAUAAUGACACAUUUUCCACGAUUUAUUAAAAUGUUUGAAUCCGAAAUAUUUUCUGAUAACUCACCAAUUUGGGAUCCUGAUUUGAAGCAAACAUUAGCACGUCAUUUGUUAGAUAAAAGGGGUAAACUUGGCAGUCAUAACUUUGCAGCGGCACAGGCAGCUGCUGCCGCUGCUGCUGCAGCCGCAAAUAAUGCAACUCCUGCGACCAGUGGCGGUGGAGGUGAAUUUGAGAAACUGGUGCCAAAUGAGAAAGAUAGUUAUACAACCAUAAAAAUAAAUGAUGGAAAACGUUCAAUUGAAUCACCCGGUAAAACAUUUGAACCACGAAAACGUCGCACACACGAACAUGUACUGGAUGUACAAGAAGAUACUGUCGCUGAAAUUAUUCGUACAAUUGAAAAUUCAGAUGAAAUGGUUGGACCUGAUUUCGAUAAAAAACGCGAUUUAAAUGCAAGUGUUGCGGAUGAAAAGGACGGCGUUGAAUUUCACAUUAUUGGAAAUAGUUUAACUGAAAAAGUGUCCAAAGAAACAAUGUUAUGGUUAAUUGGAUUACACAGUGUAUUUUCAUUACAACUACCUCGUAUGCCCGAAGAUUAUAUUAGUCAACUUGUUUUUGAUCCCAAACAUAGAGCGUUGGUUUUAGUAAAGAAAAAUCGAACAAUUGGUGGAAUUUGCUAUCGAAUGUUUCGCAGCCAAGGUUUUACCGAAAUUGUUUUCUGUGCCGUUGCAAGAAAUUGUCAAUUAAAAGGAUACGGUGCGGACAUGAUGAAUUAUUUAAAAGAUUAUCACAUACAAAACAAUAUAUUUCAUUUCCUAACAUACGCGGAUGUCUUGGCAAUUGGAUACUUCGAAAAACAAGGUUUCUCCAAAGAAAUUAAAAUGCCACAGGAAUUAUAUCAAGGGUAUAUUAAGGAAUAUGAAGAAGCAAAGUUUAUGCAUUGUGAAUUAAAUCCACGUAUUGUGUAUACACAAUUCGCAUCAGUUAUACGGAAACAGAAGGAAGUCGUUAACCAAUUAAUUUUAAAGUAUCAGGAAGCGAUAGCUGUUGAACAUCCUGGUUUGGUGUGGAAAGAAGGGGAAUAUCGGGCAAUUCCAUUGAAAUCUAUACCAGGUAUACAGGCUGCAGGUUGGAAAGGUCCUGCGCAUGGCAAUGGUCUUGAAGAAACGAUGUCUCCAGAAGAUUUAUACGAUAAAUUUAAAUCAAUUUUGAAUGCUAUAAAUAAGAAGAAAGAAUCUUGGCCAUUUCGAAAGCCUGUGGAUGAAAAAAUUGCGCCAGACUAUUAUCAAAUUGUCAAAUAUCCUAUGGAUUUACAAACAAUGGCGGAUCGUCUCGAAAAAGGAUAUUAUGUAACACGACGAUUAUUUACAGCGGAUAUGAAACGAAUAUUUACAAAUUGUCGAUUAUAUAAUGCAAAAGAAACAUAUUAUUGUCAGUAUGCAGAAGAAUUAGAAAAUUAUUUUCAUAUAAAAUACCUAAGUAUGCCUCGUGUGUAUGUCUCAAAAAGUGAAAAACCUUAUACGAGGUAUGAUCCUUUAAUUUUAGCUGAAGCUGUAGAAACGUAUAAGUUCGGAAACAAAUCUCUAGCUGAAGUAGCAAAACAUUUUAAUAUUACAAAAUCUGUUUUGCACCGACAUGUUACACGAAAAGUGGGCAGUCAAGGUGGACAAAGAGCACUUAGUGACGAAGCAGAACACGUCCUCGAUGAUAAGAAAUCAAUAGUGACAACCGAAUAUGAUAUGCGUCCAAUUAAGAAAUGCAUAACAACAAAUCGCACACCUGUACGUGCUUUAAUGGUCGAUUCCUAA